UGGCGUACGAUCAUUAGAGCGAGCGUCGACAAGGUUUUGUUUAUGUCCCCCAUGGAAAUUGCUCGGACGUCGAGAGAUCGACGAGAAACCGAGCACUAGAAUCUCACGAAGAGCUCGUGCAAUUGUGGGUGCAAAUCGAGGGGAUGGUGUCUCUUCGAGCGACAUGCUCCCUCGUGAGACCCUCUCCGGUUCUAAAUGCUUCACCUCCGAGUAGAAUUUGCAAUUGUGCUGCUUCUGCAUUCUCCUUAUCGCCUUCUUACUCAUCGCACAUUUUUCAAAGAAAAUGGCGAUGGUCACUCGGUCGGAGUCGCCAACCAUGUGCAUUGGCCCAACUCCACGCUCUCACGUCUCCUGCUCUAUCAUUGAGGCCAUCUUACUCACAAAGGCUUCAGCAGUUUUCAACCGAGGGCAGGUUUUUAGCGGGUAGUGAGAAGGGUUUAAGGUUUAUCGGGACUGAUGGAAGUGCACGGAAUGCCAGAAUUGCAGCUGCAUCUUCUUCUUCUCCUAGUUCCGUGGCAACGUCUAACGAGUCAACAGGACUUAAAGAGUUGCCUAAAACUUUUGAAUUCUCCUCCGAAGAACGACUUUAUAAUUGGUGGGAGUCCCACGGGUACUUCAGACCUGAUUCUAAUCAGGAUGGUGAACCAUUCGUCAUGUCGAUGCCUCCUCCUAACGUGACUGGCGCUUUACACAUGGGACACGCCAUGUUUGUAACUCUUCAGGAUAUCAUGACUCGACAUUAUCGGAUGCGAGGAAGACCUACUCUCUGGCUGCCAGGCACUGAUCAUGCAGGUAUUGCAACUCAGCUGGUUGUGGAGAAGUUGCUUGCUUCUGAAGGAGUGAAGAGGGCUGAUCUCGGUCGAGAAGAAUUUGAGAAGAGAGUGUGGGAGUGGAAACGCACAUAUGGAGGCCGAAUCACCAAUCAGUUGAGGAGACUUGGUGCGUCCUGUGAUUGGGAGCGAGAACGAUUCACUCUGGAUGAGAAACUGAGCAGUGCUGUCGUCGAGGCAUUUGUUCGUUUGCACGAGAAAGGCCUUAUCUAUCGCGGUAGUUAUAUGGUCAACUGGUCUCCGAAUCUCCAGACAGCCGUGUCUGAUUUGGAAGUGGAGUAUAGCGAGGAACCAGGAACUCUUUACUUUUUCAAAUACCCAGUAGCCGGUGGAAAUGCAGAAGAUUACUUGCCUGUUGCAACGACGAGACCGGAAACAGUGCUAGGAGACACAGCUGUUGCUGUCCAUCCCUUGGAUCAACGCUAUGCUAAAUUUGUGGGAAAGAUGGCUGUUGUGCCAAUGAGUGGUGGAAGAGAGAUUCCGAUCAUAGCUGAUGAGUACGUGGACAGAGAAUUUGGGACCGGCGCAUUGAAGAUAACCCCUGGACAUGAUCCAAAUGAUUACGCAAUAGGCCAAAAAACAGGCUUACCAAUCAUCAACAUUAUGAAUAAGGAUGGAACUUUGAAUGAGAAUGCGGGAAAGUACAGUGGUCUUGAUCGUUUUGUAGCUCGUAAGCAGCUGUGGGCUGAUUUGGAGAGCAUAGGACUAACGAUAAAAAAGGAAGCUCACACUCAGCGCGUUCCUCGCUCCCAAAGGGGUGGUGAGGUUGUUGAACCACUUGUUAGCAAGCAGUGGUUUGUGACUACGGGACCUUUAGCUGAAAAGGCACUUCAUGUCUUAGAAUCUGGGGAGCUUCGCAUAAUUCCUGACAGAUUCGAGAAGAUAUACGUUCAGUGGCUUACCAAUAUUAAAGACUGGUGUGUAAGCCGACAGCUCUGGUGGGGACACCGGAUUCCAGUUUGGUAUGUGCGGGGAAUAGACGGAGCUGAAGAAAAGUAUUUUGUAGCUUAUAGCGAAGAUGACGCUUAUAUAAAAGCUCGGGCUGUUUACGGGGAUGUUGUGAAACUCGAGCAGGAUCCAGAUGUGCUGGAUACAUGGUUUUCAAGUGGACUUUGGCCUUUCAGCACAUUAGGGUGGCCGAACACAGAAGCUGAAGAUUUCCAACGUUUUUACCCCACAGCCGUUUUGGAAACUGGACACGACAUAUUGUUCUUCUGGGUUGCUAGGAUGGUUAUGAUGGGGCUUGAAUUUACAGGAAAGUCGCCUUUCUCCACUGUAUAUCUUCACGGCCUUGUACGAGAUGCCCAGGGCAGGAAGAUGUCGAAAUCCUUAGGGAACGUAAUUGAUCCUCUUGACACCAUCUCAGAGUAUGGAACGGAUGCCUUGCGCUUCACCUUAGCCACUGGCACAACUCCUGGACAGGAUGUGAAUCUUUCUAUGGAAAGACUGAAUGCCAACAAAGCUUUCACAAACAAGCUUUGGAAUGCGGGAAAGUUCAUUCUUCAAAACCUACCCCCUAUUUCAGACGACGCUGGAUGGAAAGAGCUGUCUAUUGAGAAGGAUUCGUAUAUGUUGGAAGAUCUAGCCUUACCUGAACGAUGGGUGGUAACAAAGCUUCAUAUGCUCAUUGAUGGUGUAACAUCAUGUUACGAGAAGUAUGAUUUUGGAGAAGUUGGACGAGCUAUUUACGAAUUCUUUUGGACUGACUUCGCGGAUUGGUACAUUGAAGUCAGCAAGACUCGUCUGUACAAGAACGAAGAACCAUUAUCUGCUCGUAAGGCACAACAUACUUUGGUUUACGUUUUCACUACUGUUUUGAAGCUCCUACACCCGUACAUGCCUUUUGUUACUGAGGAGCUCUGGCAGGCAAUGCCUCACGAAGGAGAUGCUCUUAUUAUCUCAAAGUGGCCUCAGCGAGGCUUAUCCAAAGAUGAGCAAGCUCUUCAGCAGUUCGGAGACCUGCAAACUCUGAUUCGCUCCAUACGAAACGCUCGAGCUGAAUAUUCUGUAGAGCCAGCUAGGCGAAUUUCAGCCGUCAUAGUUGCAAAUUCGGAGUUUCAGGAGUACCUACUUGAGGAGAAAAAGGUGUUGAUAGCUCUUGCGAAGCUUGAUCCUACCACCUUACAAUUCACGUCGAGCACACCUAGGGAGGCAGACCAGGCAGUACACCUGGUAAUCGCCGAAGGUCUCGAAGCAUAUUUGCCACUUGCAGACAUGGUGGAUAUUGGCAAAGAAGUGGAAAGGCUAAACAAGCAAGCAACAAAGCUACAAGCCGAAUAUGAAUCCAAUAUGAAGAGGCUUUCCUCAUCCAAGUUUGUGGACAAGGCUCCCGCGGAUAUUGUACAAGGUGUCAAGGACAAGGCAAACGAAGCAAAUGAGAAGCUGCAGAUAUUAAGAAAACGUCUAACUGUUCUAGAUUCCAUGGCUGUCGGCACCAAAAAUUGAAACAAAUGGGAGGUCAGUAGGGAAUGAUCUGUUUGUAGUAUAAACCAUUCAUUAGGUUUAUUCUAUGGAGGUAACUCAUUUAGUCUGAAAAUGUCACCAGAACGACUGCCACAGUCAAUCCUUUAUAUGUUUACCUUUAAAAAUGGAAUAAAUCUACAUAUUUUUAGAACGGAUGGUUUCCUCACAUAUUUUGGGUACAACGUUGUAACUUCUGGACAUAAUUCUUAUAAUUUCAAUAUACCAAUAUUGACCGU